CACUGUCUACCGGGCGGUCCCGCACGCGCUACUACCCCCACCGCGGACGGCAUCCCCCGCGGCCAACCGCGCCCCCCCCCCAGGCUCGGCGCCCGGCGGGGGGACCCACACCCCCCCUCCACCCCAAAUCCCCCCCACCACAGCACCGCCCACUCUGGGACACCUGCUCCUCCACAACACUCCCCAUUCACAACACCCCCCCCUUCACCCUCCACCACGCCCUCCCCCCAACAACCUAACACCCAGCCACCACCGCUACCACCCCGGCACACAACACACGCCCGCCAACCCACCGGGCAAGCCCCACCACCCCUUCUCCCACCACCCGCCCCACGGGCCGGACGACGCGCCCUCACCACACCACGGGAGUAACCCGCCCCUGUCGAGAGUCACCCACACGGGGAGGGGAGUCCACCGCCAAUACGGACGGACCCCCCGCCAACCCUCACACCGGGCACACCCGACGCCCCACACCCGACCCUACACCCCCCCGGGGGGGUGGGGCCAGGGGCGGGGGGGGCCUAACCCAGCACACGCGCCACCACGCCCGGAGGCACUUCGGGGGGGUCAAACCUCCGCCCUCUGGGUUCUCUCGGAUGAGCGCCCACCGUUGGGCCGGGGGGGGGGGGGGUGGGGGGGAUGUACAACGGGCAAGACACGAACACGACCCGCUCCGACCGCACUCCACUACACACCCGCUCCCCUCCUCCCCCACCCCCCCGCGACAACAACACCCACUAACUACCCACCGCCCACCAGCUCCGCGCCUACAACACUCCUACACCCACCCUCCCCUACACCCCCACACCACCACCUCCGCCCACACCCGCACUCAACGGGCCCCCUCCCCGGACCGGUGGGCACACCUCGCCCACCGCCCGACGGGGCCCACGACCACGCCGCGGGACCGGGGGUCCUCCCCCCGGCACCACACUCGCCCCGGCAGGGGGGACCGCCCGACUGCCGACGCUCCCCCCCUGGGGGCCGGGGGCCCGGGACCAACCCACCUCCCCCGCCCGCACACCCCCCCCAACUGCGCCAUCCACCGGGGCGGGGGGGGGUGGGUGGUCCCCCCCUCGGGGGGCGCCUGCACACCUCGCCACUCAACGCCUCCGGGGGACGGGCGCUGCGGCCCCCACCUCCGUCGGUCUCCAAGACACCGGACGACACGGGGCCCCACGCGGGGGGGCACCGGGCCGGCGGGCCGGCGGCGCGCCCCCCCCGGGCGGCCCGCCCCGCCCGGACUGGCCGGCGCACAUCCUCCCGCGCAUCGAGCCCCCAAGGCCCUGGGGCCGACUACACCACCACUCCACCCCCGUGGGACUCUCACGCAACCGCACUGUACUCACGGGACAACGCCACCGGGGUACGGGCGGGGGAUGGCUCCCUCCCUGGACUCCACGGCACCAACUCUCGCCGGGCUGACACCGGGGGCGCCCGGCCCUGGCCUGCUUCCGGGCGGCGGCCCGACGGACGGGCGGGGCACGCCCCACCACACCCCCGUGUCACCACCCCGGGACCACCACCGCCGUGCGGCUCAAGCCGGGCGGCCCCCACCCGGCGGCCCCCGCCCCGCCACGGUGGAUGGGCGGUCGGGGGGGUCCGGCCCCCUCGCGGGACCACUCCCCCCCGAGGGCAGCAGAGGGCAAGGCGUCAGGGGGACAGGCGGGCGGGGCCGGUACUCCGGGGACGCGGGACCGCCACCGGCCCACCUACCUCGAGCGGGCAACCGCCCCCCCCCCACCUCCCCUCCCACCACCCUACGCACCCAACACCCAUCCCCACCCCACCGUUUCAGGCACACACACCCCCCUCCCCCCCACUCUUGAUCCUCCCAGCCGAAUCCCCAUACCACCGUCUGAGAUCCGGGAGCCUUCCGGGCCGGGUCCGGCUGCGACAGCCUCUCGGGACCGACAGCCCCCCUCACUCUACCACUACGCUCCCCCACAUACGAUCCUUGCGCCAGGCACCGCCCACACUGGUCAAUCCCCGCUCACCCCCCCCCUUUGUCGGGGGUCCGCGUAGCCGCUGCUCCGACCCACAUCACCCCGAUCUUAGCACCCCCGACACUUUCGCGGGGCGGAACUCGGGGGGCAGGCGAGCCUAUUCCGCCCCGAGACCGCACUUCCUCAACUGCCAUGUACGAUCUACUCAGCCCACCGGCCUGUCAGACACCCCACCUAGUUUUUCCCCCCACCCCCAUGCCCCUUCCCCUGACACCCAUUAA